UCUAAAACAGUUCCAAGAACUAUUCAAGAGAGUAGCGACAAGCCAGAAUGUCUCCCUGCGAGAGGUGCAGAAGAAACAAUACCAAUUGUUAAAGAAUCUGCAUCCGACACUACAGGGCAAGAUUUCCCUACCCAUAGACGAGGCAAUCAUGGAGACCUCAGAAGAUCUGUGGAAGACGCCUGCAUCCAUCCAACCAACAAACAGGAAAAUUGACAAAGUACUUUGUCCCCUCAAAAGACAACGACUUUCUCUUCACUCACGCACAACCUAACUCACUAGUCGUGGACUCAACACAACAACGAGCGAAGCUUCCACAGUGGGCAAUGCAGAUGGGCAAUGCAGACAAGGACCACAAAAAGUUGGACUCCUUUGGCAAGAAAGUAUACUCCUCUUCAACCCUACAACUCAGAAUAUCAAAUUACUCUGCUCUCUUAGCAAAUCACAACUUUGACAACUACUCAAAACUGGGAGAACUAAUGGCGCAUCUCCCCGACUCCAAAAGACCCAUCUUAAAAUCAAUAGUUCAUGAGGGCCAUAUGAUCGCCCGCACCGCUCUCCAAAUGGCAAUGGAUGUAGCUGACACUGCAGCCCGAGUUACAGCUACAGCGGUGGUGAUGCGUAGAGCUUCUUGGCUCCAGUUGUCUGGCGUUCCCUGCGAACUCCAGCCCAAAGUGGAGGACUUGCCAUUUGACAAACAAAAGCUAUUUGCAGCCACUACGGACGAAAUGCUCCACAACAGCAAAAAUUCUAAGUCCACGCAUCGCACGCUAGGUAUGUGCACGCCGCCCUAUAAACACAGGCGAUACACCCCAUAUAAUUCAUAUAAUCGAUAUCAGUAUGGACAAUACAAUCGACCACAGAGGCCUUAUGAAGACAACAGACCAAGACAGCGAGAUCCCAGAAGGCGACCCAACCAAGCCCACCCGCUAGCUAACCAACCAUCUAAGCAGCAAAUUUGAACAUUUGGUCGAGGGUCUGCAAGACAUCCCGUUCGAUCUCGCACCUCAACAUGGCCAUCUAUUCAACCACUGUUUGCAUGCCUUCCUCCCACAGUGGGAAUCCAUAACAUCGGACCACUGGGUCCUAGAGAUAAUUCGAGUGGGCUAUACCAUCCCUUUUAUUUCUAUCCCCCUACUCUUCCCCCUACCCCAUCCCUUUUCAGGGACCACUCUCACGAAACCCUUCUAAAACAAGAAGUCAAUCGGCUCCUUGUCAUUGGGGCUAUAGAAAGGGUACCCCGAGAGUUCCACGGGAGAGGGUUUUACUCGAACUAUUUCCUGACCGAGAAAAGAACAGGGGGUUGGAGACCUAUAUUGGAUCUCCGCAAACUGAACAAAUUUCUCAAGAGACAACGUUUCAAGAUGGUUACUCUUUCCACA